UUGGAGAGAGAUUUGGAGAAAUAGCAUAAUGUUAUACGAUGAUUUGGAUAUGAAUGUUGAAUGAGUGUGUGAGGUGGAAAGGAAAUAUCAUUGCUCUCAAAGUACAUACAAUUAAAUGGAAUGCUCCCAGAUGGAGAGUGGCAGAGAGUGAGUGAGAGAGCGAGAAAAUUGACAGUGUGAUAAGGCAAGGAGAUUGUGUCAAGGUGGAAGAUUGAGUGAGAUGGGGAAUGUUGACGGGGGCAAAACGGUGUUCAAAUCCGCACACAUUGAGUUAGUUGCUCUUUGGAAUUCGAUGGGAGCGGUUGUUGGAUUGUGGAUAUAAGGAAAGGCACGAAGUGGAUAUCCCCCCUUCAUUUUAUUAUUUUUUUUUUUAAAAUAAGAAACCAAACAGAAAAGAAGAAGGAAAAAAAACGGCAAGAAGUUGAAGACGUAGAGAAGGGAAAAUUCUCUUUUGUUUUUUCUUUUAAGUUAGACUUUUUAAAGAAAAAAAAUAAAUAAAAAAGAUAAAAGUAUAUUCUUCUUAAUUUCACGAAUGAACAAGAAGUGAGAAUUGUGCGGAGGCGGACAACAAAUGAGAUAAACUCCAAAGUGAGAUUUCAUGUGAAGGAGAAACAGAACAUACCUGAGUGAAUAGUGUGUGAAAUUCAGGUGUGGAAAAAUUUUCUCUCAACCUGGGUGUUUAAGUCUCUUUGGCCAGAGGCGGAAAAGAAAAUUCACCAACUAUACACCUAUUUUCUCAGGCAUUAACAAUUUUUUUUUUUUGAAAGAAACUUGAUGCUGGCAAAAUUGGAACAGAGUGGCUGAAGAAUAGCUUAUUUCCCAAUUUUCACGACAAUCUCCCUAACCGUGUGAAAAGUGCGGUUUUUUUUUUUUAAGAAAAGGAGGUGUUAUAAGUGUUGCAAGUGAUAGAGGCAAGUUUUUUUUGGUUACUCCAAAGAUCACAGAGAAUCCUCGUGAUUAGACCGUGACCAACUGUGCAGAAGUGGGAGUGCAGUGUAGGGAAGAAAAAGAUCAAAUUGAAUAUUGAAUACGCAAGAGGAUUGAGUGUAACAAUUGUGUAGUUGUUCCAAGAGAUCAAACAAGUAGUGUUAACAAAAAAUUGUUAUAUCUAUUGGAGGAGAAUAUAAGUGAUAGUGUGAAUAUUUCUGGGAGAAAUAAUCCAGUGAGAAGAGAAGUCCUUUAGAAAAAAAAGAAAAGAAAAAAAAGAAUUAAGUAAAGUGAGUGGAAAGUGAUGUUACCGCUGAUUAACCAUUUGGAUUACACAUUUUGUUCCUGAUUUGCCACGCACACUUAUCACACGCCCUCGACGGUCUGUCUCAGAGUUGAUCGACGGAAUGGAGGAGUCGUCAUCGAAGCGAAUAUCGCGAUGGAAAUGGAGAAAAUUACUUCACACGGCGGCUUUUGUCAAUUGGACAGUUGCAGCUCUGCUGCUGGCUUUUGCCGGUGUCCAGGGACAAUUUGUGUCCACUGAAACGGCACCAGGACAAACAGGUGUGUCAGAAGUGCCAUGUCCAACAGGAAUGUUUCGAUGUUCUGAGGGCAAAUGUAUACCAUCGCUGUGGGUGUGUAACUAUCAAAAAGACUGUGAAAAGGGGGAGGAUGAAUUUCAAGCGUGUCCUCCACCUGAAUGUGAGCCACAGCAAUUUAGCUGUAAUCAGUAUGUCUUCAAUAAGACUUACUGCAUCCCGCCACAUUACAAAUGCGACAUGACCAUUGACUGUGUGGAUGGAUCUGAUGAAUCAGAUUGUCCAUAUCGGAAGUGUCUGCAGGACGACAUUCACUGUGGGCCAGCGCCAGAAGGGCAACAGGCAACGAUGAAUGGAGGCCAUGUGACGGAUUUGUGUGUGCCAAAGGAGAAGAAAUGUGACGGAUAUUUGGACUGUCGGAGUGGAAAGGAUGAAGAGGGUUGUCCGGGGGUGUCGUGUCGAUUGGACCAAUUUCGGUGUGCCAAUGGACAGCGAUGCCUCGAUUUGCAAUUGAAAUGUGAUCACAAAAAUGACUGUGGAGAUAAUUCCGAUGAGCAAGGAUGCAGUUUCCCUCCAUGCCAUAGUGGACAGUUUCGAUGCACAAAUGAGGUCUGCAUCCCAAGCAAAUUCCAUUGUGACGGCUACAAUGAUUGCUUCGACAAGAGCGACGAGACGAAUUGCACUGUGAUUGCGUGUCCAGACAAUAAAUUCUUGUGCCCACAGGGUGGACCAGGUGGCACGCCCAAGUGCAUCCCCAAGUCACAGCUGUGCGAUGGCAAGAGGAACUGCGAGGAUGGAGCUGAUGAGGAGACAGCAUGUUCUACAGCUUCUUGUCCAGCUCUGAAUUGUGAACACAAGUGUGGACCAUCACUAACAGGAGGCACUUGCUAUUGUCCUCCGGGACGUGCUUUGGCGGCAGACAAUCGCUCAUGCACAGAUCUCGAUGAAUGUGCUGAGUGGGGUCACUGUGAUCAACUCUGUGCCAAUACAGAUGGUUCCUUCUCGUGUUCUUGCGCUGCUGGGUACACAUUGACCGAGAGGAGUCGAUGUAUAGCCCCAAAUGCAGCUAGUCUCGAGUUGAUCUUUGCUCACGAUCGAGCUGUCGUGAGGAUGUCGUCACAUGGGCAAGAGGCGAAGAAUGUGGCCAAUGCCACGGGAGCGAGUGGGGUGGCGUUUCACUACUCACGAAACCUGCUGUUCUGGUCAGACAUUAAGACGCGCAAAGUGCAAUCGCAACCACUCAAUGAUGGUGGCUUUGGGGGAUCAGAUUUAACACUUCCUGGCACUUGGGCCCCUGUGGCACUGGCUGUAGACUGGAUUGGUGAUAAGUUGUAUGUGGCGGAUUUUGUGGGACAAAAGGUGGAUGUCUUUGAACUCGAUGGCAGAUGGCAUGCUGUUGUACUGGGGUCAAAUUUAACCAGUCCGGCAGAUUUGGCUCUCGAUCCAACGUCUGGAUUGAUGUUUGUGGCUGAUGGAGGACAAGUUCUUCGGGCCCAUAUGGAUGGUACCCAUGCGAGAUCUAUAGUUUCUGAAGCAGCCUACAAAGCUUCUGGGGUUGCUGUUGAUGUCAUCUCUAAGAGAGUCUUUUGGUGUGAUUCCCUGCUGGAUUACAUUGAAACUGUGGACUACGAUGGAGGAUAUCGGGUUAUGAUUCUCAGAGGACAACAAGUUCCAAGUCCAUCGCGAUUGGCUCUUUUUGAGAAUCGUGUCUUCUGGACAGAUGCGACCAAACAAGGUAUUAUGUCUGUUGACAGAUAUGAAGGAAGUUCCAGUAUUCAGGCAAUUUACAAGUCCAAGGAGAUCCGGGAACCAAAGGCCAUUGUUACAGUUCAUGCUCUGUGUCAGCCACGGGUUUCCAGUCCCUGUGGGAAUAACAAUGGAGGCUGUGCUCAGAUGUGCAUUGUAACGGCCGUCAAAGGAGCUCCAUCGGGUCUAGGAUUCCGUUGUGCAUGUCACACUGGAUGGCAGUUGGCGAGUGAUUUGCGAAAUUGUCAUUUAGUCCAGCAAUUCCUUAUGUAUUCGCAACAGAGAUUCAUUAAGGGAAAGGUUCUGGAUCCUGUUAUUGAGGGAUUCAGUGAUGCAAUCCUACCAGUGGUCUCCCGGAGAGCUAGAUUUGUCGGAUUGGACUUUGAUGCCAGAGACGAACAUAUCUACUACUCCGAUGUCCUUCAGGAUGUCAUCUACCGGGUGCAUAGAAAUGGAACUGGCAGGGAAAUCGUUUUAGCUUCCCAGAAUGAAGGUGUUGAGGGAUUAGGAGUUGACUGGGCAUCCAAGAAUCUCUAUUAUAUUGACAGCCGCAAGGGAACCCUCAAUGUCCUGUCCACUAGGAAUGUUACUCAUCGAAGGACCCUCUUGAAGAAUCUCAAAAGACCCCGAGCCAUUGUUGUGCAUCCCAAUAAAGGGUUUAUCUUUUUCUCCGAAUGGGAUCGACCGGCAAACAUUACGCGUGCCAAUGCUGACGGAUCGGGACUCUUGGUCUUCAAGAAUGUCACUCUAGGCUGGCCAAAUGGUUUGUCAAUUGAUUUCAAGGAGGAUCGUGUCUACUGGUGUGAUGCUCUCUUGGAUCACGUUCAGCAUGCCAAUCUCGAUGGAACUGAUAUUAAGACAGUUAACUCCAGGCUCAUCCGGCAUCCUUUCUCAAUUGUUAUCCAUGAAGAGUGGAUGUACAUUACGGAUUGGAGGCUCGAUGCCAUCGUGAGGAUGCAUAAAUUGACGGGAGAGCAGGAAGAGAUCAUGGUCAGGGAACCACAAACCAAUAGACUGUAUGGCGUUAAAGUUUACAGUCAUAUCGUUCAGUCUAUCGAUUCAAAUCAACCUUGUGCUAUCAACAACGGAGGAUGCGAGAAACUCUGCUUUGCUAUACCCAAGAAUGACUCAACAGGCCUUCAGGUCAAAUGCGCUUGUCCCUAUGGGGAAAGGAUCAAUGACGAUGAACGAACUUGUGUUGCUGAUCCCAAUGCCGAACCACCAGUUCAAGCAUGUCCCAAUUCUUGGGAUUUCACCUGCAACAAUCAACGGUGCAUUCCUAAAUCCUGGCUGUGUGACGGUGAUGAUGAUUGCCUAGACAACAGCGAUGAAGAGCAGAACUGUACAAAGCCAACAUGUGGCACUAAUGAGUUCCAGUGCAAGUCCGGAAGGUGUAUUCCGCUCAAUUUCCGCUGUGAUCAGGAGAAUGACUGUGGCGAUCACAGCGAUGAGGCUGACUGUGGCAAUGUUACGUGUGCUGCAUCGCAGUUUGCAUGCGAGAAUGGUCGAUGUAUUCCGAGUAUUUGGAAGUGUGAUUCUGAGAAUGAUUGUGGCGAUGGAAGUGAUGAGGGAGAUUUCUGUGCUGAAAAAACCUGUGCCUACUUUCAGUUCACCUGUCCGCGGACGGGGCACUGUAUCCCACAAUCUUGGGUAUGCGAUGGAGAUGAUGAUUGCUUCGAUAAGCAAGAUGAGAAGGAUUGUCCGCCAAUUACGUGCCUUGCCAAUCAAUUCAAAUGUGCAGAUUUACGGCAGUGUGUUGAGGAAUCGUACAAGUGUGAUGCCAUACCGGAUUGCAAUGAUGGCAGCGAUGAGCUGGGAUGUCCGUCUGUCGGACCAAAUCAGUGCAAUAUGGAGAAGCAUUUUCAGUGUCGAUCCAGUGGAAUUUGCAUUCCAGCUGCAUGGCACUGCGAUGGAUCGAAGGAUUGCGAUGAUCAUUCGGAUGAAGAGGAUUGUGGUGCUAUUUCAUGUCCCAAUAACUUCUACAAAUGCAACAAUUCUCGAUGUGUCUUCAAAGCUUACAUUUGCGAUGGGAAGGAUGACUGUGAGGAUGGUAGUGAUGAAAGUGCUGAACAUGCAUGUGUUGCACCACCAUUCCGAUGCCCAACUGGUCAGUGGUUGUGUCCCGAAGUGACUGGGCGUUGUGUAAAUAUUUCGUCAGUUUGCGAUGGUAUUUUGGAUUGUCCAAAUGGAGCUGAUGAGGGUGAAGGAUGUGAUUUGGCUGAGUGUCAACAUCAAGGUGGACUGUGUUCCAAUGGAUGCCAGAAGACACCCCUUGGGGCCAUGUGUAUUUGUCCACCGGGUGAAGAACUUGCUCCGGACAAUUAUACGUGUCAGGAUCUCGAUGAAUGCAAUCCAGCUGGAUUGUGUUCGCAGAAAUGUACCAAUACCAAAGGAAGUUACUUCUGUUCCUGUACAGAUGGGUAUGUCCUAGAGCCGAAUAAACACACUUGCAAAGCAGUCAAUCAUACAGCAGCUUUCCUGAUCAUUUCCAAUCGACAUUCAAUCCUCGUGGCAGAUCUCAAAGAGCAAGGUUUGGAAAGGGUGCCCAUCAUUGUGGAAAAUGUAGUAGCAACAGCUUCAAAUAUGCAUACUGGUACCAUCUUCUGGAGUGACAUGAAACUCAAGAAGAUCUCUCGGUUAGAUCGGGGAAUGGAACCCAAAGAAAUCAUAUCAACGGGCUUGGAUUUAGUUGAAGGAUUGGCGUAUGAUUGGAUUGGGAAGAAUCUGUAUUGGUUGGACAGUAAACUCAAUACGAUUGAAGUGUCGUCGGAAAAUGGUUCAAAUCGACUUGUCCUGGCCAGGGAGAAUAUCACUCAACCCCGGGGGAUGUGUCUUGAUCCCAGUCCUGGUACUAAAUGGCUCUUUUGGACAGAUUGGGGUGAAAAUCCGAGAAUUGAACGAAUGGGAAUGGAUGGUACGAUGCGAGAAACAAUUAUCAAUACAAAAAUCUACUGGCCAAAUGGUCUGACACUGGAUAUUGCAACUCAGAGGGUUUACUUUGCCGAUUCCAAGUUGGAUUUUAUUGAUUUUUGCUACUACAACGGAAGCGGAAGGCAACAAGUUUUAGCCGGAAGUCACUAUCUCUUGCAUCCACAUUCACUGUCACUCUUCGAGGAUACACUGUACUGGACAGAUCGUCAACUCAAUCGAGUACUGUCAGCGCAUAAAUUCAAGGGGAACAAUCAAACUGUUGUCAGUCACUUGAUUUCUCAACCUCUUUCCAUCCACGUCCAUCAUCCAUCUCUUCAGCCAAUCACGGAUAAUCCCUGUUUGAGGGCUACCUGUCAACACAUGUGUCUACUGAGUCCUUCUGCAUCUGCAGGAUACUCGUGCAAAUGCAAACCAGGGUAUCGUCUUCAAUCCGAUGGAAGGUGCAUUGAAGAGGAGAAUCCCUACCUAAUGGUGCUCAAGGGAACCCAGAUUGUCGACGUUCCGCUCAAUGGCGGUGACGUCAGGGCAGGAUCUCUCGUCCCAGUAGUGGGCAUUGAAAGUGGAACGGGAAUUGACUUUGAUAGAAAAGGCGAAAUGCUAUUCUGGGUACAGGGUCGUGAAGAUGACGAUGAAAACUGUACAAUCUUCACGACUCCCUACGGUGGAGGCAACAAAACUGAAUUCCUAGGGAUGGAUUCAGGAAUUAUUGGUGCCCCUUACGUCAUAGCCUUUGAUUGGCUAGGCAGAAAUCUCUAUAUUGGCAACCGAAUGGCCAGUAACUUCGAAGUUGUGAGAGUUGAUGGAAAAAUCCGACAUAGAAGUGUUAUUUUAGCCAAUGAUGGGAAUAAGACGUCAGUGUCAAAACCCAAGAGUAUCGCCCUAGAUCCAACAGAUGGCAAACUUUUCUGGACGGACGAAGGAGGCUAUGGAGUUCCAGCCAAAAUUGGCAGAGUUAACAUGGAUGGUUCCAAUGCAAUUGUACUGCAUGAAGAUGUAGAUAAUCCGGAAUCCAUCACAGUAGACAUUGAUAGGAAGAUUGUUUACUUCAGUACACAGCAUCCACCGACGAUUAUGGCUAUGCGAGUUGAUGGGACGAACAUGCAGACAGUUCUUUCGGAGAAAGAUGACAUUGCCCGACCAAAAUCCUUAGCAGUCCUCGAUUCAAGGCUAUACUACUUGGAUCCGGUGUAUGAGAAAAUUGUUCGAGUGGAUUUACCCAAUGGGGACAAUGCCAAAGUGAUACUGGAAAAUGAACCAGAUCUCAGGAGUAUGACAAUCUUCAAGAAGCGUUCAAUGCUCUUGCAUCCUUGUCAAUCAAAUAAUGGUGGAUGCGAACAUAUUUGCGUCCCCUUUGAUAAUGGCUCUAGGGUUUGUGCCUGUGGCGUUGGGUACAGGAAGGAUAAUGAAGUGGGAUGCACACCGUAUAAGCAGUUCGCGGUAGUUGGACAACUUGACAUCACACGCGGAUUCAGUCUGAAAGAUAGCACAGAAGCCAUGGUUCCGAUCGCAGGUACUGGUCAUCAUAUCCUCCAUGUUGAUGUUGUCUAUAGAGAUUCCUGGAUUUACUGGGCAGAAUACAAUCGUGGUCAUUGGAAUGGUAUCUUCAGGGUACGUCCAAAUGGCACGGAAUUGCAGCAUGUCAUCAAAGAUGGCAUUGGAAGCAAUGGUAUUCGCGGAUUGACAAUUGAUUGGGUUGCAGGAAAUCUGUACUUUACCAAUGUCUUCCCGCAUGAAAACUACGUCGAAGUCUGUUGGCUCGAUGGAACUAAUCGAAGAGUUCUGGUAAAAACUACAACAGACGCACCGAGAGAGUUGGCUGUGAAUCCCAUCAAGAGAUUGCUCUACUGGAUCGACUACGGUCAAUAUCCACGAAUUGGUAAAUCCUACCUCGAUGGAAGCAACUGGACUCCCGUUGUAACGUCAGGAAUAUCAAAUCCACGAGAUCUAACUGUUGAUAUGCUAACGCAUGAUGUCUACUGGGUAGAUUCUAAACUCGAUAUGAUCCAGAAAGUGUCGUAUAGCGGAGGAAAUCGUCAAGUGAUCAGGCGCAAUCUACCCAAUCCCAUGGGCAUUGCCGUUCACUUGAGCGAUGUCUACUGGGUCGAUCGGAAUCUAAUGACAGUGUUCAGGGCGUCAAAACUCCCAGGAAACACUUCACUCCCCGAGAAAGUCAGAACAAAUCUGCAAAAACUCCGUGAUAUUGUCAUCUAUGAUGUUUCAAAUCAACCACCCGAUGAAAGCAAUCCAUGCUUGAGAUUGGGCAAUGGUGGUUGCGAUCAACUCUGCUUUAGCUUCCCUCCGGAGAAUUUUGGUAGUAACCCUGGUGGACGUCUCAAUUUCCGAUGUGAAUGUGCAACGGGAAAACUCAGUGCUGAUGGUAGAAAGUGUGAUCUUGUCAAGGAAUUCGUGGUAUUUUCCACGAGAACUGAAAUCCGAGGCAUCAAUCUUGAUCCCAGAUCAACAGGUGUACCAUUCAAAACCUUGGGUAACUUGACGAAUGUCGUCGGACUUGACUUUGACUAUGCUGACAAUAAGCUUUUCUUCACACAAAUUCGUCCUUGGUCGAAGAUUGCUUGGACUGUUGCGGACAAUCCGACAGCAACAGAUGUCAAAACUAUCCUUAUGAAGGGUAUCAAUCCUGAAGGUAUUGCCUAUGAUUGGACUCAGAAGAAGAUCUACUGGACAGAUAGUUUAAAUAAUUCGAUAUACGCUAUGAAUCUCGAUGGAUCGUCUUUGGUGAUGAUUUCAAGGGUCGAGAGACCUCGAGCUAUUGUCCUUGAUCCUUGUAAUGGAACUCUGUACUAUACAGAUUGGGGUAGAUUUGGAACAUCCGGGAAGAUCUUCAGAACAACAAUGGCUGGUUCACUCAAGAGAGCAAUUAUCGAUAAGGAUCUCUCGCAGCCGAGUGGUUUAGCUAUUGACUAUGAAGAUCGCAUGCUCUACUGGACAGAUGCCGUACGAGAGAAGAUCGAACGAUCACAGCUAGAUGGCAAGGAACGAGAAGUUCUCGUAGCAGCUACAAUCUAUCCCUUUGCAAUAACAAUCCAUCGGAACUACAUCUACUGGACAGAUCUUCAGUUGCGUGGAGUCUAUCGAGCUGAAAAGCAUACUGGAGCUAAUAUGUACGAGAUGGUAAAACGUUUGGAGGAUUCUCCACGAGAUAUUCACAUCUACAGUGAAAGCAGGCAACAAUGUCAGGCAAAUCCAUGUCUCCAGAAUAAUGGUGGUUGUGCCCAGAGUUGUCAUCCGGGACCAAAUGGCACGGCUGAGUGCAAAUGCGAUGACAACUCGAAGUUGGUGAAUGAGGGUAGGAUGUGUGCUCCGAAGAAUCAUACUUGCGACUCUAGUAAAUUCUAUUGUCGCAAUGGGAAGUGCAUUUCGAGGAUGUGGGCAUGCGAUGGUGAUGAUGAUUGCGGAGAUAAUAGCGAUGAAGAUACCAAUUACUGUGCCUUCCAUUCGUGCUCACCCAAUGAAUUCCGCUGCAAUAAUGGCAGGUGCAUCUUCAAGACAUGGAAAUGUGAUCAUGAGAAUGACUGCAAAGAUAACAGUGAUGAAGAGGGUUGCACAUAUCCACCGUGUGUCGAUGGAGAAUUCACUUGUCUCAAUGGUCGUUGCAUUCCACAAUCGCAGGUUUGCAAUGGCAUCAAUGACUGCAAGGACAAUGCAACGUCAGAUGAGACUCAUGAACGAUGCCCCAAGAAUACAACUUGUCCGCCAAAUCAUCUAAAAUGUGAAAAGACAAAUAUCUGCGUUGAGCCAUACUGGCUAUGCGAUGGUGACAAUGACUGUGGUGACAAUAGCGAUGAAGACGCCCUACACUGUGCUCAGAGAACUUGCCCACAGAACAGCUUCAGGUGCCCUAAUCACAGAUGUAUUCCAGCCACAUGGUACUGCGAUGGAGAUGAUGAUUGUGGAGAUGGAGCUGACGAACCACCGGAGUACUGCAAGUCAGAGGGAAGAACAUGCUUCGGGGAUCUCUUCACAUGCGACAAUGGCAAUUGCAUUCCCAGGAUUUACAUCUGCGAUGGGGACAAUGAUUGCCUGGACAACAGCGAUGAAGACAACAGGCAUCAGUGCAAUGAUCGAAAAUGCGAUGAAGAGACUGAAUUCACUUGUGAAGAGAAUAAAUCCUGGGGUAGAUCACAGUGUAUUCCCAAGAAGUGGAUUUGCGAUGGUGAUCCUGAUUGUGUUGAUGGAGCAGAUGAAAAUACUACCCUUCACAAUUGUCCAAAACCUCAGCCCUGCGGUGAAGAUCAAUUUACUUGUGAGAAUGGUCGGUGCAUCAAUCGGGGAUGGCUCUGUGACCACGAUAAUGACUGCGGAGAUGGUACAGAUGAGGGUAAAUUCUGCAAUUCGCAAUAUAAGACGUGCUCCACGAAUGAAUUCACAUGCCAGAACUUCAAAUGUGUAAGAAAUCAAUAUCGGUGCGAUGGUGAGGACGAUUGUGGUGACAAAUCCGAUGAGGUGGGCUGUGUGAAGGAGAAUGUCACAUGCCCUGCCGGUCAAUUCACAUGCACCAAUGGACAGUGUAUUGAUUACCAUUUAGUGUGUAACAAAGUGUCUGAUUGUUCAGAUGACUCUGACGAACCGCUCCAUUGCAAUGUUGAUGAGUGUGCUAAAGUUGAAAUUCACCAAUGUGGUCACAAGUGUGUUGAUACUCUCACGGGCUAUUACUGUGACUGCAAUCAAGGCUACAAACUCCUUUCUGACGGGAAGGCUUGUACGGAUAUUGAUGAGUGUAUCGAAACUCCGGGAGUUUGUUCUCAACACUGUUCCAAUACUCCCGGAGGUUACUAUUGCAAAUGCGAUGAUCGGUACUAUGAACGACAACUCGAUGAGCAUACUUGCAAACGAAAGGAUCGCACUGAGCCUUGGUUGAUCUUCACAAAUAAGUACUAUGUUAGGAAUAUGUCUGUGGAUGGUCAUCAGUACAAUUUGAUUCAUCAAGAUCUCAUGAAUGUCGUGGCACUUGAUUUUGAUUCACGGGAUCAGUACAUGUAUUUCUGUGAUGUCACGGCUAAAACGAUCUACAGGUCUCACUAUGGAGAGGAUGAUGUGACGGAGAAGGUGGAGAAGGAACCUGUUGUUCGGCAUGAUUCUCAUGGACUUGAGGGAUUGUCUGUGGAUUGGGUGGGUAGAAAGUUGUACUGGCUGGAUAGGCACUCGAAGAAUCUCGAUGUAUCUGAGUUGGAUGGGACAAAGAGGAAGACACUGAAGAGUGGAAUUGUCGAUCCAAGGGCAAUUGUUGUGCAUCCAGGAAUUGGUUAUCUGUACUUUACUUCGUGGCACCUUCAGGCAUAUAUAGCCAAGAUGGGAAUGGAUGGAAGUAAUUUUACCAGAAUUCUUACAUGGGAGGAUGAUAUUGCCUGGCCAAAUGCCCUGACAAUUGAUUACUUCACGGACAGGAUUUACUGGGCAGAUGCUCAUCUGGAUUAUAUUGCUUUUGCUGAUCUCGAAGGACGUCAUAGGCAUAUUGUGUUGUCAGGAAAUCAAGUACCUCAUGUCUUUGCUCUUACACUUUUCGAUGACUGGCUCUACUGGAGCGAUUGGAAUCUCAAAGCUAUCAGACGAGCAAAUAAAUUUUCCGGAAAGGAUCUAAAUACCAUCAGGAAUACUACUCAUCGUCCAUAUGAUCUCCAUAUUAGUCAUCCUCUGAGACAAAUUCCUUUCCCCAAUCCCUGUGGAGAGAAUAAUGGAGGAUGCUCCCAUCUGUGUCUCCUGUCGCCACCUCCGGAAUCAACCUACCUCAAUAUCGAGGGUUACAUUGAGGAAGGAGCUCCGAGCUAUAAAUGCGCCUGUCCCAAUCAAUUCUACCUGGCUAGGGACACGAAGACAUGCAUUGCAAACUGCACAGCUGGUCAACAUCGUUGCGGCGGUGUCGAUGAGAAGUGCAUUCCGUGGUUCUGGAAGUGCGACGGUGAGAAGGAUUGCAAGGAUGGCAGUGAUGAACCGGCUUCAUGUCCAGCUAGGCACUGCAGAGCUGGAACUUUCCAAUGUCGCAAUACCAAUUGCACUCCAUCUGCAACAAUUUGUGACGGAACUGAUGACUGUGGCGAUGGAAGUGACGAACAAAAUUGUGAUCUUCCGUGUCCAGAGUCAGACUUCAAGUGUCGCUCGAGUGGAAGGUGCAUCCUGGAGAGCUGGAAGUGCGAUGGAGAUGCAGAUUGCAAAGAUGGAAGUGAUGAAGAUCCGGCUAUUUGUCAUAAACGAUCUUGUGAUCCUGAAACGGAAUUCAGCUGCAAGAAUGGACGUUGCAUCCCAAAACUAUGGAUGUGUGACUUUGACAAUGACUGUGGAGAUGACUCAGAUGAGCCAGCGUACAUGUGUCGUCAGAAGAACUGCACCACGGGAUGGCAGAGGUGCCCAGGACAGUCCAACUAUCGCUGCAUUCCCAAGUGGCUGUUCUGCGAUGGCAAAGAUGACUGUCGGGAUAACAGUGAUGAACUUCCAGAGAAUUGUCCAACUUGCCAGUCUGAGACGGACUUCAAGUGCGGCAAUAACCGAUGCAUUCCUAAGCAGUGGAUGUGCGAUUUUGCCGAUGACUGUGGCGAUGGAAGUGAUGAGACUGAGCAACAGUGUAAGGGUAAAUAUCGAGAUUGUUCAGAAUCAGAGUUCCGCUGCACGAACGGGAAGUGCAUUUCAACACGAUGGAGAUGUGAUCAUGAAGAUGACUGUGGAGAUUCCAGCGAUGAGCUCAAUUGUGAAGGGUUCCAGUGCAAAAAUGGUACAUUCCAGUGCGCUUCCGGACACUGCAUUGCUGCAUACUUCCGGUGCGAUGGGGACAGAGAUUGCAGAGAUAUGUCUGAUGAAGCUGGGUGCCCACCAAGAUUCCCUGGUGGCAGAUACUGUCCGGAAUCUAGGCAUCAGUGUGACAAUAAUCUCUGUGUCUCUCCGUCGGAUCUGUGCGAUGGCACUGAUGACUGUGGCGAUAAUUCAGAUGAAGCUCCAGCUGUUUGUUCCAAUUUCAACUGUGACACUCUCAGGCGUUUCCAGUGUGCCAAUCAUCGAUGCGUGGCCCGGUAUCAGAUUUGCGAUGGCGUGGAUAAUUGUGGUGAUGGAUCAGAUGAGAAUAACAUGACUCUCUGUGCUACCAGGCAGAAGCCAUGUGAUCUCUAUCGACAGUAUCAAUGUGCCAAUAAGAAGUGCAUAGAAAGGCAUCAAAUUUGUGACUAUGCUGAUGACUGUGGCGAUGGAAGUGACGAAUUGGGAUGUCAUAGGCAGAAUACAUGUUCAGAUCUCACACGAGGUGGCUGUGAGCAUCACUGUCUCAAUCUCACAGACGGAGGAUACAUCUGUGCCUGCUAUCCGGGAUACAUAAUAACGCCAGAUAAUCGGAAACACUGCAAUGAUAUCGAUGAAUGUGCCACGGGAAUUCAUACGUGCUCACACAUUUGUCACAAUAUCAAUGGCAGUUACAGCUGUUCUUGCCAACCUGGCUUCCGGCUGUCCGAUGGAAUGUCUGGGGUAUGCAAGGCUGAGAAAGAAGAUGUACUUCUAGUGUAUUCAAAUGGGCCGGAAAUAAGAGGAUACGAUCUUCAGGCUAAGGAACAAAUCGAUGUUGUGGCAGCUGAAAAGAGGAUAGAGGCCAUAGAUUAUCAUCCGACGGCCCAAAUGAUUUUCUGGGCAGACAGCUAUGAUAAAACCAUCAAGAGGAGCUAUAUGGUUAAUGCGCAAAAUGGUCAGGCGAAGAUUGGUUUUGCCCAAGAUCUCAAUAUGAAGGGAGGCUCAAAGCCUACUUCAAUCGCCGUUGACUGGCUGGCGGAUAAUCUCUAUUGGACAGAGAUCGAUCGGGCCAGUACGAAGCCUCGGGGGAAGGUUAUGGUGGCUAAAACAGACGGACGAUACAGGAGAGCUCUGAUCAAUGCUGGCCUGGAAAUUCCGACUUCAGUGGCGGUAGAUCCUGAACGUGGAAGAAUGUUUUGGGCAGAUGCUGGAUCUGCUCCCAAGAUAGAAGUAUCAUGGAUGGAUGGGUCUAAGAGGCGUCCUUUGAUCACUGAGGAAAUUCGUCAUCCUGCUGGAAUUGCUAUUGACUACGCCAUGGAUCACACAAUCUACUGGGUGGAUACAAAAUUGAACACAAUUGAGUCAAUGCGACAGGAUGGAAGUCUCCGGAAGGUGAUCAUACGUGGUGAAUCACUUCGGCAUCCGGUGUCUCUGGAUGUUUUUGAAUCCAAUCUGUACUGGGUGACGAAAGAGACAGGAGAGCUUAUUCGUCAGGACAAAUUCGGACGUGGAGUUCAAGUGGUUGUCCAGAGGAAUCUGCUGAAUCCAUCAGGAAUCAAAGUGUAUCACGAUCAACGCUACAAUACUUCCCUGGAAAAUAAAUGUCACUCGAGCCCGUGCUCCCAUCUUUGUCUCCUAGUUCCGGGAGGACAUCACUGUGCCUGUCCAGACAAUACAGCUCCAAUUUCCCAUCGAAGCACCGCUGAAGUCAUCUGUGAUGCUGCUGCUGAGCGUCCUCGUCCAUCUCCAAGGAUCUGCCCAUGCCAAAAUGGUGGUCUGUGUCGUGAGGAUGCAGAUCUGGAGUUGGCAUGUGAUUGCAUGUCUGACUUUGGUGGAGUACACUGUGAGAAACUUCUAGGUCACUCACAUUCCCAUUCGCCAGGCAAUACAGCAGCCAUCGUGGUACCAAUUACGGUGAUCCUUCUGGUAUUGCUGGCAGCUGGUGGUGUGUGGUUUGUGAUCAGGAAGAGGCCAUUCGGGAAGAUGGCACGUUUGAGUAAUCUGUCGUCAUCGCAGAGUGUCUCAUUUAGGCAUGGAACAAAUGUAGAGUUCAAUUCACCGGGUUUUCCGCCUAAUGGACCCACUCCGGCGUCCAAUGUGGCACCUCUGGAUGGCUACAAUCUCGAGACCGUGACGACAAAAUCGAGGGAUUUCAGUAAUCCCAUGUACGAUGCUGUUCAGUCAGGAACAACAACAGAGCCCAAUAUGGAGAAUGGGUCAGGGAUCUAUGAGGUGCCUGGUAAUCCCAAACCCAAAACCGAAGCUGGGCAUUUUACGGAGCCGGUAUCGGCAAUUCUAGCGCCCAGUAGCAUCACCCAUCGGACGUCACCUCAGCUCCAGCUGCGUGCUCGUGAGCUGGAUCCAUCGGCGGAUACGGGCAAGGAUACGCAGCAAUUGGUGGAAGAGGAUAAGUCCGAUUGCUGAUACAAACUUUCUCCGGUUGUACUCACGGCCAGUACUCUGGUCCGGAAGUGGGAAAGAGUGCUGGGUGGUGGAGGAUUUGCGCGUGAAUGUGUGUGUGGAGCCAAGCUCAGAAUUGUGGGGGAUUCUCGCAGGAGUCCCUGCACUAAAUUGCAAUACAACAUCCCUCAAAGUCCACUCGUAAAGCAUUCCUGAAUAUUUUUAUUUUUAAAUUGUUCGUCGAAUGUGGUUUAAGUUUUUUUUUUUUAAUUAAAAUGAAAGUGAGAAACUCCUUCCCAACUGAGUAUUUUCCCCCCAAAUUUAAUUUUAUUAUUAUUUUUGUUGUCUGUAUUACUAUUUUAUUUUUUUUUUGUGUAUAGGCUGAAAUGUGAAAGAUUUCUAUUUGUAUUCUAUAUUAAUGAAUUUUUUUUUUUAAAUUGAGAACACAGAUUAAGUUGAAGAUAUUAUCGUGAACGAGAGAGAGGUUUUCUUUUAGUGUGAAUUUCACAAAAUAAAAAAAAAACUAGAUUUAGGGAAAAAGAAUCAACUAAAUAAUUGUAUAGGUUGAGAAUGAUGCAGGAGAAAAGUGACAAAAGACCUAGAGAAAGAUGUGUCAAUAGACGAUUUAUUAAUAUAUUUUUUAUACUUGACGGUUUUGGUGAAAGAAUACUGUUAGGAGAAAUUUUGUUUUCCUGAAGUAUAGAGAGAGAGAGAAAAAACACUAGUAAUGCGUAAAGAGACAUUCCCAUCAGGAAAAAUUAAAAGACCUGAGAGACUCGUCAAGGAACAGAGUCAGAAAAAAAACCCAACAUUCCAUAAAGAAAGAAAAAGAAUUGUUGAUUUGAAAGGAUUAUUUGAUGAGAGAUGAAAAAUGUUCCAGUAGACAAAUAUAUUAAAAAAAAAGACGAAAAAUGAAAAAAAAUAAUAUUGAAAGAUACUUGUAAAUAAUGUUAAGGAGGAGGAAAAUCAUUAUCAAACUUAUUGAGUAAGGAAUUUAUUAAGAGGAGAUAUAAACAAUUAUUGUAGAAUGUUGAACGUGAGAAAAGAAAAAACAAAAAAAACAUUUAUCAUUCCAGCGCGCGCGAUAUCAAACAGAAAAAAUUGGGGUUUUCUGUAAAAAUGUUUUAUUUUUUUUCUUUUUAAAUGAUAACUGUAUAUUUCUGUUUUUAUUUUCUUGUUUUUAGUGCUGCACGACAAUAUUAAGACAAAAGAAAAAGAGAAAAGAAAGAAAAAGAAAAGAAGAAAUGGAGAACAGAAAAUGCGAUGGUGACAAAAAGUUGUUGAAGAUCGAUAAAGAAAAGAGCAAUAUCCACUUCUAUACAUUCAAUUCACACAGAUAUCAUUCAAUUAAUAACCGUCCAACUGCGAUAAAUAAAGAUAAAUUAAUAAAUAGGACAAA